CUGAUGCAGAGGUUAUCCCGCCGCCUCAGCCGCCACCCACCCGCCGCCGCCGCCGCCGCCGCCACUCGGGCGACGCCGGGGGCCGACGCACUGCAGAGGUGCCGGCAGGUUCCGCCCGCGGAAGUCUUCUCGGCCGGCGCAGCCCGCGCUCCGCCCGCUCUCCGACCCCGGCCCCAGCGGACGCCCCCUCGACAUCUCCGCCGCCGCGCUCCUUCCCUCCGCCUCUUCCCCGGCGCGCCCGCCGGCUCCCUCACUUCUCCCCCUUUUCCUCCUCCCCGUCCCCUCUCCUCCCCUCACCUCUACCCUCCCCUCUACCCUCCCCACCUCCCCCCUUCUCGGUUUCCUCCCCCAUCCCCUUGAAUCUCCCCUCCCUGCCCUCGCUCUCUCGCUCGCCCUCAGCGCGGCCCCCGCCAUGACGGAGGCGGGUGCCGGUGCCGUUGCCGUUGCCGCCGCUGCCGUCGCAGGGGGGGAGUCGGGUUCCCAGAAAGUAGCUUGAUGAGUGUCCAAAGUAGCAGUGGAAGUUUGGAGGGGCCGCCAUCUUGGUCCCAGCUCUCCACGUCUCCAACCCCGGGCUCGGCGACGGCGGCCAGGUCCCUGCUGAAUCACACGCCGCCAUCCGGGAGGCCCAGGGAAGGUGCAAUGGAUGAGCUUCAUAGUCUGGAUCCAAGAAGGCAAGAAUUAUUGGAAGCUAGAUUUACAGGAGUUGCAAGUGGGAGCACUGGGAGCACGGGCAGUUGCAGUGUUGGAGCUAAAGCCUCAACAAAUAAUGAAAGCUCUAAUCACAGUUUUGGAAGCUUGGGAUCUUUGAGUGACAAAGAAUCAGAGACACCAGAGAAGAAACAAUCGGAAUCAUCCAGAGGAAGAAAGAGAAAAGCAGAAAAUCAGAAUGAAAGUAGUCAGGGAAAAAGUAUUGGGGGACGUGGCCACAAAAUUAGCGACUAUUUUGAAUACCAAGGUGGAAAUGGCUCAAGUCCAGUAAGAGGCAUACCUCCUGCAAUCCGUUCUCCUCAGAAUUCACAUUCACAUUCCACUCCUUCCUCAUCUGUUCGACCGAAUAGCCCUUCUCCUACUGCAUUAGUUUUUGGGGACCACCCUAUUGUACAACCAAAGCAGUUAUCCUUUAAAAUCACUCAGACUGACCUUACAAUGCUGAAAUUAGCAGCAUUAGAAAGUAAUAAAAACCAGGACCUGGAAAAAAAGGAAGGUCGUAUAGAUGACUUGCUCAGGGCUAAUUGUGAUCUCAGACGGCAGAUAGAUGAACAACAAAAAUUACUUGAAAAAUACAAAGAACGAUUAAAUAAGUGCAUAUCAAUGAGCAAGAAACUACUUAUCGAAAAGAGUACACAAGAAAAACUGUCAAGCAGAGAGAAGAGUAUGCAAGACAGAUUACGCCUUGGGCAUUUCACGACCGUUAGACAUGGUGCUUCAUUUACUGAACAAUGGACAGAUGGUUUUGCAUUUCAGAAUCUUGUAAAGCAACAAGAGUGGGUGAAUCAGCAAAGGGAAGAUAUUGAAAGGCAAAGGAAACUUCUAGCCAAACGCAAACCUCCCACAGCUAAUAAUUCUCAGGCACCCUCUACCAAUUCUGAACCAAAACAAAGGAAAAACAAAGCAGUCAAUGGAGCAGAAAAUGAUCCCUUUGUUAGACCAAAUUUACCACAACUGUUGACUUUGGCAGAAUAUCAUGAACAGGAAGAAAUUUUCAAACUUAGACUAGGACAUCUCAAAAAGGAAGAGGCAGAAAUCCAGGCAGAACUUGAACGUUUGGAAAGAGUCAGAAAUCUUCACAUUCGAGAGCUCAAAAGAAUAAAUAAUGAAGAUAAUUCACAGUUCAAAGAUCACCCAACGUUAAAUGAAAGAUAUUUAUUACUCCAUCUGCUUGGUAGAGGUGGCUUUAGUGAAGUGUAUAAGGCUUUUGACCUUUAUGAACAAAGAUAUGCUGCUGUGAAGAUCCAUCAGCUUAAUAAAAGCUGGAGGGAUGAGAAGAAGGAAAACUACCACAAACAUGCCUGCAGAGAGUAUAGAAUACACAAAGAACUGGAUCACCCCAGAAUAGUUAAACUCUAUGAUUAUUUCUCCUUGGAUACAGAUACGUUUUGUACAGUGUUAGAAUACUGUGAAGGCAAUGACUUGGAUUUCUAUCUGAAGCAACAUAAAUUAAUGUCAGAGAAAGAAGCUAGGUCUAUUGUAAUGCAGAUUGUAAAUGCACUAAGAUAUCUCAAUGAAAUCAAACCCCCUAUUAUACAUUAUGAUCUUAAACCAGGAAACAUCCUUCUGGUAGAUGGAACAGCAUGUGGAGAAAUCAAAAUAACUGAUUUUGGUCUGUCCAAGAUUAUGGAUGAUGACAGCUAUGGUGUAGAUGGAAUGGAUCUAACUUCCCAAGGGGCAGGCACUUACUGGUAUUUACCUCCUGAGUGUUUUGUAGUUGGAAAGGAACCACCGAAGAUUUCCAACAAGGUUGAUGUGUGGUCAGUCGGAGUCAUCUUCUUUCAGUGUCUUUAUGGUAGAAAACCAUUUGGUCACAAUCAAUCUCAACAAGACAUUCUUCAAGAAAAUACAAUAUUAAAAGCCACAGAUGUCCAGUUCCCUGUAAAACCGGUUGUAAGCAGUGAAGCAAAGGCCUUUAUAAGACGCUGUUUGGCAUACCGAAAAGAAGACAGGUUUGAUGUGCACCAACUGGCAAAUGACCCCUACCUUCUCCCACACAUGAGAAGAUCCAAUUCUUCAGGAAACUUACACAUGGUUGGGCUGACAGCAUCCCCUACACCCCCUUCCUCAAGCAUAAUUACUUACUGACUUUCCUCCAAAAUUGGCAUGAUGUCUUUGAAUUGCUUCCAGAUGCAUACUUGAGUUUGAGAGCUUUUGAGUGUUUUUGUUGUUUUCUUUUUUACACAGGAUAUAGUUGAGAACUGUUUGUGAACUGAAGUUCUUCAUAGCAUCGUUUGUAUGAGAGUGGCUCAUGGACAGUGAAUAAAUGUACACUUCUGACUGUAA